GGGUCGUGCGGACACCCCCGUGUUCAAGGAGCGGGGUGGGGGGGGGGGGCCAUCGCGAUGCCGCCAUGGUGGCCACGGCAGUAGCCAGCGCGGUGGUGGCCAUUACACUGCCAUGGCAGUGGCCAUCGUGGUGCCAUCGCAGAGGUCAUCACGCCAGCACGGUGGCCAUUGUGAUGGCCAGCACGGUGCCAUGGUUGUGGCCAGCACAGCGGGCAGUGCAGCGCUGUGGUAGUGGCCAGCACGGUGCCAUGGCAGUGGUCAUCAUGGUGCCAGGGUGGUGGCCCUUGUGGUGCCAUGGCGGUGGCCAUGGUGGUUGCCAUCAUGGUGGCUAUGGUGGUGGCCAUCACGGGGCCAUCACAGUGCCAUGGCAGUGGCAACCAUGGUGCCAUGGCGGUGGCCAUCAUGGUGCCACGGUGGCGGCCCUUGUGGUGCCAUGAUAGUGGCCAUCACAGGGCCAUCACAGUGCCCACAGUGCCAUGGCAGUGGCAACCAUGGUGCCAUGGCAGUGGUCAUCAUGGUGCCACGGCAGUGGCCACGGUGGUUGCCAUCAUCGUGGCUAUGGCAGCAGCCAUCACGGUGGCCAUCAAAGGGCCAUCGCAGUGCCCAUCAUAGGGCCAUGGCAGUGGCAACCAUGGUGCCAUGGCAGUGGCCACGGUGGUUGCCAUCAUCGUGGCUACGGCAGCAGCCAUCAUGGUGGCCAUCAAAGGGCCAUCGCAGUGCCCAUCAUAGGGCCAUGGCAGUGGCAACCAUGGUGCCAGCGUGGUGGCCCUUGUGGUGCCACGGCAGUGGCCACGGUGGUUGUCAUCGUGGUGGCUAUGGCAGCAGCCAUGGUGGUAGCCAUCACGGUGGCAGGGUGGUGCCAUGGCGGUGGCCACGUCCUGCCGGCGCUGCCCUCUCUGUCCCCCCUGCAGAGCGUCACCGGCACCUUCUGCCCGGCGCAGGAGGACGUGGCCGUGGUGAGCUGCGGGCUGGACCGCGGCCGCUUCCUCCUCUCGGACGUGGCCUUCCCCGGCUCCACCCCCGCCCUCCUCAAGAGACCCUCCUUCUGCCCCGCCAAGCUCCUGGGGGAGCGGGAGGCCGCGGCCAUCCCGGCCGAGCUGCGGGGCCGGGGGGUGGCGGCGGGGGUGGCCGUGCUGCUGCGGGCCAGCACCGGCCACAUCCUGCUCACCCGCCGCGCCCCCACCCUCAGCAUCUUCCCCGGCCUCUGGGUGCCGCCCGGUGGGCACGUGGAGCCGGGUGAAGAGGUGAGGGGACAACGUGGGGACAAGCUGCUGGACGUGGGGCUGCGGGAGCUGGAGGAGGAGACGGGGCUGCGCCUGGAAGCGGGGACCUUCUCCUGGAGGAUGCUCGGCCUCUGGGAGGUAACGGCCCUCCCCGGGGGGGCGCUCAGCACCCCUGGGGGUACCCCUGCGGUCCCCUCCCGUACGCGAGCCCCCCUGUCCCCGCAGUCCAUCUACCCGCCCAUGCUGAGCCGGGGGCUGCCGCGCCGCCACCACAUCGUCACCUACCUGCUGCUGCUCUGCCAGGAGCCACACCAGGGGCUGGACGCCAGGAUGCGUCCCAGCGAGAGCGAGGUGAGCGCCUACGCCUGGCUGGAGCCCCCCGUCCUGGAGGCCAUCGCAGCCACGGAGGACGGAGCCGAGACUUUGAGCAACGUCCCCAGCGAGCUGCCGGCCACCGUCAGCAUCACGGAGGUGAGCGGUGGCUCCUCCAGCACCACCCAGCUCCCCACCACCACCCUCCUGAACACAGCGCCGGCCGAAGGGGAGGACGUGGAGCGGGUCAGCACCGGCACCAAGUUCGCCCUUCGGCUCUGCCUGGAGUCCCUCCGGGAGCGGGGACAGGUCCAGCCCUCGGGUGGCGUCACCCCGCUCCCGUGACCCCACAGAAGGGAAUAAAGUUCCUGCCCGCGGGGACCAGAGUCCGCGUUGGAGUUGGGGGGGGAUCUCAGGUGGUGGCGAGGGGAACAGGAAGGAAAUGGUCCAAGCGGAAUACUGUGCGCUGCUCCCCCUUCCCGACGCCGCUCUGAAUUUCGGGGGAAGGAGCUAUAAAGGUGCUUAAAAAAAAAAAAAAAAAAAAAAAAGAAAAGAGUUGCUACGUGUGGUACCUCUCGGCGAGUCGCGCCGCAGGAACCGGGAUGAGCUCGGCGGCAGGGAGCAAGCCGGUUUGGACACUCACGAAGCCGCAGGUCUGCGCUGGAAAUAUUUAAAAGGAGGAAAACAAAUUACAUUUUCUUUUAAAAAAAUACAUCGUCAAUACAACCGAGAGGGCGCCGUCGCCGGAGGGACGGGCAGGAGGCGGCAGCGUGGUCGGGGCACCCGCCGCCUCCUCC